GCAGUUUGAAGAGGCUUCAGCAGCAAUACAGGAACUCCAGGACAGCAGGCCAGGUAGCAAUGCAAGGCAUGGGUCCCACGCUGAAACUGACAAUACAUGUACUGCUGCUACUACAACUGGGAGGAUUCUACGUUAGCUGUGAAGUUGGUCCUGACUGGUGUUAUGACCUCCCAAGUUGUGGCCCCAAGACAUGGGCAUCUCGUGGUUACUGUAAUGGCAACAAGCAGUCUCCCAUCAACAUCGUUACCAGGAAUACUCUGUCUGAUGCCAGUCUGGGUCCUAUUACUAUUUUAAGAUAUGAAGACCGUAUGAGGCCAAAAUCCCUUACUAACACAGGGCACUACGCCGAGGUUCUAAUGAAAGACGGAGCCACCAUCAGUAGUCCUGGCCUUCCAGCCACGUACGGCCUGAAGUCCUUCCACUUCCACUGGGGGACCUACAGACAACGGGGGUCGGAACAUGCGAUCAAUGGCAUGCGCUACGCCAUGGAGCUCCACAUCGUUCACACUAAAAACAACAUGACCAUGGACGAGGCAAAAAUGGACCCAGAGGGAAUUGCUGUCCUGGCCUUCUUCAUAAAGAAAUCCAGCACAGCUCCUCCCGUCUACGCAUGGAAGACUCUAGCUGACCUUCUGGAGAGGAUUCCAGAGAAAGGCAACUCUGUAGAACUGAAAGGAGAAUUCUCCUUGGGGGCCUUAUUGAGCAGGGCAGAUUUAAGCACCUAUUACCGCUACUGGGGCUCUCUCACCACUCCCGAAUGCAACGAAUCUGUAAUCUGGACUGUCUACCCUGACCCCAUUGAGGUGCAUCACAAAGUGCUGAAAAAAUUCACCAACUCAAUGUAUUUCACCACCAAAAAAGAAAAUAGGCCAAUGCAGAAGAAUUACCGUCCCCUGCAGCCGUUGAACAACCGAGAAGUCCUCCGCUUCACAGAAAUUUAAUCUCCAUGUUAUCGGGAAAUCUGCUUCCACCAAAGUAGUUUUGAGCCAGCAGGCGUAAGUGCACACGCAUGCAUUGUGGGUACAAAAUGGCAACCGAUUCCCUCUGCUUGGAUGAUCUCAGCUAAACAUCAAGUUCCCUCCUUCUCUACCCAAGUACCAGUAAUUUCUAUCUGCUUUUUGUGGAGAGGGUUCCAUCGGGCCCAUGGAAGGUUUGCUCUAGCAUCAACGGUGUCUCCU